UUUAUAUAAUAUGGAAACGGGGCUUGGUAGAGAUGGAAGAAAGAUGGAAGAAGAAAAAGAGGCUUUGAAGGAGAGGAAUUUAGAAAAUUUGAUUUUUAAUGCCGAGCACUCGCAAUUGAGGGAGUAUAGCCCAGAUAUUGCAAAAUCAUCUAUGCUUGAAAUUUGUCAUAGCAAUAAAACUGUGGGAAAUAUUAAAUACAAAAGGUUUCAGAGAGCUUUAUUUUAUAGAGGAAAGUUUAUCAGCAAUACUAAGCUAUGGUAUAAUCAGCCAUGCUGUGUAUCUUUAUGCAAAGUUAAGCAAGGGAACCAAAAUUAUUAUUGUAAAGUUCUUUCGUCUUUGAAUCCAUCCAGGAUCAAGGUGCUGGAAGUAUCUUCAUGCCCACUUUCCCCUCCUCCAAAUCCUCAGAAGCUUCUGCCUGCUCUUCUUAAACUCACUCCCAUGCUAGUAGAAAGUCUGACUUUGAGCAGGUUCUCAAUCUCGAAGGGUCAGUUCAAGAGUAUCUUCAGCAGUAUUGGCAAUGUGAAUGAGCUUUACAUAAGCUGAUGCCUUCUUGACUUGAAGGAUAUCACAAUUCCUAAACUAUGUAAAUACAAAUUAACUCGCUUAGCUUUUGAUAACUGACAUUUGAAUCCAAAUAAACCUGAAAAAUAUGAUAACGAGACAUUCAAAGGUUUCAUUCAGCAAAUUAUUGAGUCAAAGAUGGAAGAACUAAGAGUAAUCAGGUUUGAUUUUGCAAGACUCGGAGAUGGAGAAGAAUAUACUCAGAAAAUGUUCUUCAUAGAUUCUAUCAGAGUCUACUUGGCUGGUUUUGGGAAGCUAAAUGAAUUCAUUCCUCAAAAAAGUAGAUCAAAUAUAAAAGAGGGCAAGUCUUCUGUGAAAGUACCGAAGAAGACUUCUAAAUGAUACAUCUUUUAA